AUGGCUCACUGUAUGAGAGUUUUGCAUGGCCAGGGAACCAGGACACGAGCUGUGCUCUUGGAGAUCCAGCAAAGAUGCUUCAGCGUGUCCCCCCUCACCGCUGCGGCGGCCCAGGUUGCGAUGUCGAAGUUCGACCAGAGCCCACUGCCCUACGAGAAGCUGACCAAGAAUUUGGAAGUUGUGAAGAAGAGGUUAGGUCGUGACAUGACCUUGUCUGAGAAAGUGCUGUACUCUCACUUAGAUGACCCUAAAGGACAGCAAAUCGAGCGAGGCACUAGCUACUUGCGCCUGCGACCUGACAGGGUUGCCAUGCAAGAUGCCACCGCACAGAUGGCCAUGUUGCAGUUCAUCUCGUCAGGGCUGCCCCGCGUCGCCGUACCCUCUACCAUCCACUGCGACCACUUGAUUGAGGCUCAGAUUGGUGGUGACAAGGAUUUAGCCAGAGCUAAGGACAUCAACAAAGAGGUAUACAAGUUCUUGGAGACAGCGGGAGCUAAAUAUGGCGUCGGUUUCUGGAAGCCAGGCUCCGGUAUUAUUCACCAGAUCAUCCUGGAGAACUACGCCUUCCCUGGACUGCUUAUGAUCGGAACUGACUCUCACACACCCAACGGGGGCGGUCUUGGUGGUCUUUGCAUUGGUGUGGGUGGCGCUGACGCCGUCGACGUAAUGGCCAGCAUCCCAUGGGAACUCAAGUGCCCCAAGGUCAUUGGUGUUAAGCUUACUGGUCAGCUGAAAGGCUGGACGAGCCCUAAGGACGUGAUCCUGAAGGUCGCCGGCAUCCUGACGGUGAAGGGAGGCACUGGUGCCAUCGUGGAGUACUUCGGCCCCGGUGUCGACUCCAUCUCCUGCACUGGUAUGGCCACCAUCUGCAACAUGGGUGCUGAGAUCGGAGCUACCACUAGCGUGUUCCCCUACAACAACCGUAUGGAAGCCUACCUGAAGUCGACUGGCCGCAGCGACAUCGCCGGACUAGCCAACAAGUACAAGCACCUCCUCACUCCCGACUCUAAGGCACCUUAUGACCAGGUUGUGGAAAUCGACCUGUCGACUCUGGAGCCGCACGUGAACGGUCCGUUCACUCCGGAUCUAGCCAACCCUAUCAGCAAGUUGGGCGACAUCGCCAAGAAGAACGACUGGCCCGUCGACAUCCGCGUCGGACUCAUCGGCUCCUGCACCAACUCUUCGUACGAAGACAUGGGACGCUGCGCCAGCAUCGUCAAGGAGGCGCUGAAGCACGGCGUUAAGUCGAAGGUUCCGUUCAACGUGACUCCUGGCUCGGAGCAGAUCCGCGCCACCAUCGAGCGGGACGGUAUCGCACAAACACUGCGAGAGUUUGGAGGCACUGUGUUGGCUAACGCGUGCGGGCCGUGCAUCGGUCAGUGGGACCGCAAGGACGUGAAGAAGGGCGAGAAGAACACGAUCGUGACGUCAUACAACAGGAACUUCACCGGCCGUAACGACGCCAACCCCGCCACACACUGCUUCGUCACCAGCCCCGAGCUCGUCACCGCUCUGUCUCUUGCUGGUCGCCUGGACUUCAACCCUCUGACGGACUCUCUGACGGGCAGUGACGGCAAGAAGUUCAAGCUGUCUGACCCCUUCGCGGACGAGCUCCCCGCUCGCGGUUUCGAUCCCGGCCAGGACACGUACCAGCACCCACCCAGUGACGGCAGCAAGGUGCAAGUAGACGUGGCGCCCACGUCGGACCGCCUGCAACUACUGGCGCCCUUCGACAAGUGGGACGGCAAGGACCUCACCGAGAUGACGAUCCUCAUCAAGGUGAAGGGCAAGUGCACCACCGACCACAUCUCCGCUGCUGGACCCUGGCUCAAGUACAGAGGACAUCUCGACAACAUCUCCAACAACAUGUUCAUUACCGCCACAAACGCUGAGAACGGUGAGCUGAACAAGGUCCGCAACCAGAAGACAGGCGAGUGGGGCGCAGUGCCCGCCACGGCGCGCGCGUACAAGGCGGCCGGCAUCAAGUGGGUCGUCGUCGGAGACGAGAACUACGGCGAGGGCUCCUCCCGCGAGCACGCCGCGCUCGAACCCAGGCACCUCGGUGGCAGGGCCAUCAUUGUCAAGUCAUUCGCUAGGAUUCACGAGACCAACUUGAAGAAGCAGGGUCUAUUGCCGCUGACAUUUGCCAACGCCGCCGACUACGACAAGAUCCAGCCCACCGACAAAAUCUCGCUGCUUGGACUCAAGGAUCUCGCACCUGGCAAGCCCGUCGAUUGCGAGAUCAAGCACCAAGAUGGCAAGACAGAACGCAUCAAGCUCAACCACUCACUGAACGAACAGCAGAUCGACUGGUUCAAGGCCGGCUCUGCACUCAACAGGAUGAAGGAAAUCGCUUCCAAGUGAACGCGCUCGCUCCCAAUUUUAUAAAUACUAUCUUGCACUGGACGCCCGAACACAAAAGUAGGGUAAUUUUAGAAGUGUAGUACCAUUCAAAAUUAAAAACAUCACGUGCUGCGUUUGUAUGUCGCUGGUGGACAUAUCACCAACGCGUGUCGACCGCGUUUCUUAUAUACAAAUGUGCCACCGAAUAUCGAUAUCGGAAUAUCAAAGUUAUCGACAUCGAUUUUAGUAUUAUAUCGCCGGUCGAAUAAAGUUAGGUAAUUGUAUUCAGUAGGCUUUGUUUGCCACGAACAUCAAUUUAGUAUGUAUUUCUAUGUAUAAGCUUUAAUUAUGUCAAGAACAUUAUGAAGUAUCAAUUAUUACUAACUACUGAGUAUUAGCAUAAAAUGAGUGGAAUGAAAUCAAAUUUUAUUACAUAUAUAGCUAGCUAAAAUCGAUGAACUGAUCAAUGAUCCGUACGCCACAGACCGUGAAAACGUGUGAUAAUAUCAGUAAUGAAACACCAGUGAUAGAGAUAAUUCUCAAAUGAUUGGACCCCGGCCUUAUUGAUAUAAUGUAAUGUUAGGGUUAUCACUAUUGCCUUUACUCCCGGUGCAAGUAAGCUGUUACCAUGUAGUUGAAUAUAUACUUUUAGCGCAUUUCUCAUUAUUCAGACAAUACUUAGUCACGGCGGUGAUGAAUCUUAAACUAGCUGUAGUACAAAUCAUGAAGUCAUAAUGAUUUUAUAUUAAUUUAUGUACAUAUUUACCAAACUUGAGAAAUAAAAGUUACUUAUUAAUUUA